AUCACUUACAUCGCCACUGACAACCAUUUAGCCCAGCUGUUCGUUGUUUUGUUUAUUCGAGAUAUUUGUGUAAUUUUUCGUGGAAAUUUGUUUAAUAGUGGAAUAUUUUGUGUGUGUUUCAAUUGAAAUAAAAGAAAACCAAAAUGGAAGGACCUAAAGAGUUGUCGUUAAAUGAAAUUCGUAAAUAUAUGUUGGAUAAUGGCUGCAAAGUCACUAACCAUUCUUUGGUGAAGCAUUUCAAACGUUUCCUAACACAUCCGGACACACAAAUUGAAGCCCGUAAAGAAUUCAAGACCUAUGUGAAUAUUUUGGCCACCAUUAAAAAUGAAAACAAUCAAAAGUAUUUGAUACUACGCAAGAAGUAUCUAACUGAAUGCCCCUCGGAGGAUGUAGUGCAAAGAGCCAUUUCCCAAGCGGGUGGUGGUGGCUCGGAAGCAGUGCCUAGCAGUCCAGGAGGUGUCUCAUUGACAUCCGAUGAGGCUAUGGCUUCACCUUUACGCAAACCUCCACCUUAUAUACCUCCCCCAGAGGUGAGCACCACUCCAACAGUGGCCAUGUAUGAGGGUACUCCAUUAGCUCCAAUGGUUGAAAUCACACAUGCAACAGAGGAUGAUGACACCAUCAAAACUCAGUCUGAGGGCCCAGCUUAUAAUAUAGAUGGCCAAAAGUUAGAAGCCAAGGCAAAUGAAGAGAAAAGUGUUUCGCGUGUCAAUUCGGUUGAUGAGACGGCCAACAAGGAAAAUAUACCACGUUUUUCUUUCUCUUCGGGAUCAUCGGCCACUGAUUCCACUGAUAUGGGAAAUGGUACUGGCGAUAAGUCCUCUGACUCUGAAAAUCCCAUGAGUGUAAAAGAAGCUACACGCAAGUUUAAUCGUAUGGCCUCUGAGGAGGAGGCAAAAAUAAUUUCACCACCUACCAAGAAGAAACCCGAAAAGCAGCUCAUUGAGGAAAAGGAGUUACCCGAAGUGACUCUGGCUCAUCCCAAAGCCAAGGAAUGGAUUGUGGCCAUGGCAAAAGCCAGCUAUCAAGAAUUAGCCAAAUUGGCCACCGAUCAUCCGGAAUUGGUUAAAUUGCAGGAUCCAUCAACGACCGCUCUACAUUGGGGUGCCAAACAUGGCAAUGAAGAUGUUAUCAAGCUUAUAGCCGGAACCUAUAAGGCUAAUGUAAAUGCUACAACCAAUGGGGGCUACACUCCUUUGCACAUAGCCAUGCAAUUUGGACGGGUUAAUGUAUUUGCCUUACUUUGCAACACCUACAAGGCAAAUCGUGAUCUUCUAGAUUGGGCAGGCAACAAGGCCUUGGACUAUAGCAAGCAACAGACCAGUGUCUCGGCCUCCACCUACAGCAGUGAGUAUUGUUCAAAGUUUCUACUCAACGAACUUAACAACAACUAUCACUUUGAACUGCCACCUAAUAUGAAAAACACUGGAGGUGGUACAGUGGGUAGUGCUUUGACACGUGGUAAGAAACGCUCUCAGCUAACGUAUGCUACAAUUAGCGGUGGCAGCAAUCCGUUAUCGCGCACCCAAUCUCUAUUGACAACAUCAUCGAGGCGUCGUGAAAAGAAACAUUCCAUACAAUCGAUGAAAUUCAAUAACAACAACAACACCGAUGAGGCAUCCCUUAUGACUUGCGACAUAAUGAGCUCACCCCAAAGCUCCCCAGAAUCGACGCCGCGUAGCAUGUCGCCAAGUGAUGGUAGGGCCAACAAUGUUAGCGAUGGUAUUGUGGCUCGCCGCAAAGAGAGCUUUCUGCGUAAAACACUACGUGCUGCUACCGCCUCCAAUCGCUACAACAGCAACUACAACAACAAUCCCGACAAUGUUACUAACAAAAUCCUUAAGGAAUUAGCCAUCAUUUGGGUUUCUGUUAUUGAUAAUCAGGAAAUCAAGGCAAAGAGAAAACCUACAGUCGAAAAAGAUUUGGGAUUCCUACGGAUUGGCUCUUUGAAUGUCCGAGUGAAGAAAACGACCGAAGCGUUCAGCAACUUCUUGGGUGUGGGCAAUGGCAAUGGGAGCUCAAUGCCGUCGCAUCAUCAUCCUCCACACGCAGUAUCAACAGCAAGUCUCCCUCACCAGCGCCCCCAUCGUCACCAUCACUAUCCACAUCAUCUUCAUCACGUUGGUACGACGCGGAAUCAGCAUCAUCUGCAUCCGAUGAUGAUGAAAAAAUCGUCAACAACCAUGAUAACCAAAAAGAACAUGCACCACCUACAGCCGGGCUCCCGGGCGAGUGCCCCCAUUAAUAGCAAACAAUUUGAUAUGUUGCAUAAAUCUUGGGGUUCUGCUGAUAAUAUCACACGGAAUGGCUCUUCCAAUUCAGUACGCCACCACCAUCACGACAAUGAUGAUGAAUCCUUGAUGCCACCACCAAAGGAUCUUGAUUCGGUUAAGAAACGUCAAAAGAAUGCCAAACGCUCUUCAAUAUCCUCGAAUGCUACAGAUUCGCCCCGAGACUCCUUAUCGUCGACCGCAAGUUCGAAUUUUAAUUCUGGUUACAGCAGCAUGCCGACAACUCCAAAUCAAUUGAGAUCACCCCUGGGUUUAGUUGGUGUGGCACAUAAUCUGAAUGGUGAUUCCGAUUCUGACUCAGCAUGUGGUUUUGACUCGAAUUGGUCAAUCAAUGGUCGCGAAUUCCCCAAGUAGAAGCAUGAGCCUAGAUACUAUAAAGCUUCAGAAUGCAAUACACCUAACCUUUGAUAUACACGCUACAUACUUUUUUUAACCUUCAAUUAUUAUUGACUAUUUUUAAACAAUCUCAACACAUUUUGUAUUAGUUUUUUAGUGAUUGAUGUUAACGAAACUACAAAGUGCUGCUAACAAAUUUAGCAUUACAAUAUGUUUAUUAAUCAA